AUGUCUGUGCUGUGGCUGCUGCUGGGCCUCCUUGCCCUUACUGACUCAUCUGAAAGUGGCAGCUGGGGAUGCUAUGGAAACAUCCGAACCCUCGAUACUCCUGGGGCAUCUUGUGGGAUUGGAAGACGCCGAGGCCUGAACUAUUGUGGAGUUCGUGCCUCUGAAAGGCUGGCCGAAAUAGAUAUGCCACACCUACUGAGAUUUCAACCCAUCAUACGUACUGUUGGCCAAAAGUACUGUGUGGAUCCUGCAGUGAUCGCUGGUGUCGUGUCCAGGGAGUCUCCUGCUGGCAACAUUCUUGUCAAUGCUGGCAAUGUGGGCAAUGGAGUCAGGGACACGGGCCAUUAUGUUCCCACACCUUGGAUCAGUGAGUCCCAGCUUUCUCAGAUGACUGAUGUCCUGACUGUUAGAAUCAAAGAAAUCCAGAAAAGAUUCCCAACCUGGUCCCCUGACCAGUGCCUGAGAGGUGGACUCUGUGCCUAUGUCGGAGGUCCUGGCUACGUCAGAAGCAGCCAGGACCUGAGCUGUGACUUCUGCAAUGAUGUCCUUGCACGAGCCAAAUAUUUCAAGAGACAUGGCUUCUAA